UGGCGGGGGCGGUGCCAUGGCAAAAGAACUCCUCCCGGAGAAUCCGAAUUCGUGGUCCUCAGAAUUGGUUUAGGGUUGUUUCGCGGUUCCUCCCGUAUUCUGCCUCCGAGGCCCAGUGGGGCUGGCUGUGGGCCCCCUGUGCUGUUUGAGGCGUGAAACUCACCUCAGGAAAUGUAUCUGAUCCAUUAGCGUGGAUUCAUAUUAUUUGGUGAUGGAGAAUCUUCAGCUGUGUUAAGUGUUACCGUCAGUUUCAGAGAUGGCUUCUUUGCAAAGGAAAGGGCUGCAGGCAAGGAUUCUCACCUCUGAAGACGAGGAGAAACUGAAAAGAGACCAAACUUUGGUGUCUGAUUUUAAACAGCAGAAAUUGGAACAAGAGGCUCAGAAAAAUUGGGAUCUUUUUUACAAAAGAAAUAGCACUAAUUUCUUCAAAGACAGACACUGGACCACCAGAGAGUUUGAGGAGCUAAGAUCAUGUAGAGAGUUUGAAGAUCAAAAGUUAACAAUGCUUGAAGCUGGCUGUGGGGUUGGAAACUGUUUAUUCCCACUUUUAGAAGAAGAUCCGAAUAUCUUUGCCUAUGCCUGUGAUUUUUCUCCAAGAGCCAUUGAAUAUGUUAAGCAAAAUCCUUUAUAUGAUACAGAAAGAUGCAAGGUAUUCCAGUGUGAUCUGACCAAAGAUGAUCUUCUGGAUCAUGUACCGCCAGAGUCUGUGGAUGUUGUUAUGUUGAUAUUUGUGCUGUCAGCUGUUCAUCCUGAUAAGAUGCACCUUGUCUUACAAAACAUUUACAAGGUAUUAAAACCAGGCAAAAGUGUCUUGUUUCGUGACUACGGACUGUAUGAUCAUGCCAUGCUUAGGUUUAAAGCCGGCAGCAAACUUGGAGAAAACUUUUAUGUUAGACAAGAUGGGACCAGAUCAUAUUUUUUUACUGAUGACUUCCUGGCUCAGCUCUUUAUGGACACAGGUUAUGAAGAAGUGGUAAACGAGUAUGUGUUUCGAGAGACGGUAAAUAAAAAAGAAGGCCUGUGUGUGCCAAGAGUUUUCCUUCAGAGCAAAUUUCUAAAGCCUCCUAAGAACCCAUCUCCUGUGGUCCUGGGCCUGGAUCCUAAGUCCUGACCUUUCAUGAGGUUGGCAUUUAUACCUUCCCUUGAAGAGGAAAAUUUAAAAUCACUCUUUCGUCUGGGUGCAGUGGCUCAUGCCUGUAAUCCCAGCACUUCGGGAGGCUGAGGUUGGGGGAUCAUCUGAGGUCAGGAGUUUGAGACCAGCCUGGCCAACAUGGUGAGACCCCAUCUCUACUAAAAAUACAAAAAAAUUAGCUGGGCAUGGUGGCGAGUGCCUGUAAUCCCAGCUACUCAGGAGGCUGAGGCAAGAGAAUCGCUUGAACCCAAGAGGCGGAGACUGCAGUGAGCCGAGAUCAUGCCAUUGCACUCCAGCCUGGGUGACAGAGUGAGACCCUGUUUCAUAAAUAAAUAAAAUCACUCUUUUUACUUUAUAUAUUUUUUGAGACAGGAUCUUGUGGUACGCAGGCUGGAGUGCAGUGGUGUGUGAUCACAGCUCAUUGUAGCCUCGACCUCCCCUGGGCUCAAGCAGUCUUCCUGCCUCAGCCUCCUGAGUAGCUAGGACUACAGGUGUAAGCCACCAUGCCUGGCCCUUAAUUUUUUUUAAUGAGCAUGUACAGUAGUCCCGCUUUAUCCAUGGUUUCACUUACCACAAUUUCAAUUACCUGUUUUCAACUGCAGUCAGUUACUUUUCUUAAGAUAUUUUGAGGGUUAUAGGCUCAUGCCUAUAACCCCAGCACUUUGGGAGGCCAAGGCCAGCAGAUCCCUUGAGCCCAGGAGUUCAAGACCAGUGUGGGCAACAUGGUGAAACUCUGUCUCUACAGAAAAUACAAAAAUUAGCCAAAUGUGGUGGCAUGUGCCUGUAGUCCCAGCUGGGGUGGGAGGUUAGCUUGAGCCUGGAAGGUGGAGGUUGCAGUAAGUCGAGAUCACGCUACUGCACUCCAGCCUGGGCGACAGAGCAAAAGUCUGUCUCAAAAAAAACAAAAAAAAUUUGAAAGAUGACAUUCACAUAACUUUUAUUACGGUAUAUUGUUAAAGUUGUUCUUUUUUUUUUAGAGUUUGGUACCAUCUUGAUUUCAGGCAACCACUGGGGGUCUUGAAACAUACCACCUGCAGAUACGGGGGGCUACUAUGUACUUUUUGUAUUAAAAAAUAGGAAGUGUAUGUGUGUGUGUUAGAGACAUGUAAAUAAAAUUUCAAGGCCUGAAAA